AUGAAUGAUCGUCCUCCUGUUCGUCGUAGAAGGAACCAGAGUGUUGAUGAAUCUGUUGAAGAGAAUCAGAACGAGACUGAGAAUGGAUCGGGUAACGGUAGAGAAACCGAUUUGGAUUGGCAGCUUCAAGAGGUUCUUAGGAGAAGGAGAAGACAUUCCGCUGCGGUUCUGCAAUUGCUUCAGGGUAUACGAGCAGGGUUAACUGUUGAAUCUGAGAGUAAUUAUGGAGAUGGUAAUGGUACUAAUUCGGAUGGAGGUAGAGGACGUGUGAUCUUGGUCAAUCCGUUUAAUCAAACUAUAACGGUUCAAAGCUCGCCUGAUUCUGAUUCUGUAGCUGCUGGCUCUUUGGGAGAUUAUUUCAUCGGUCCUGGAUUCGAAAUGUUGCUUCAGCGAUUAGCUGAGAAUGAUCCUAACAGAUACGGAACACCUCCAGCUCGAAAAGAAGCUGUUGAGGCUUUAGCUACUGUGAAAAUCGAUGAGACUUUGCAAUGUUCGGUCUGUUUAGAUGACUUUGAGGUUGGAACCGAGGCGAAGCUGAUGCCGUGUACUCACAAGUUUCACAGUGAUUGCUUGCUCCCUUGGCUUGACCUUCAUAGUUCGUGUCCGGUUUGUAGGUAUCAGUUACCUGCAGAUGAAACAAAGACUGAAUCAUCGAGUACCGUGACAAAUGAUAACAAUGGAGUCAGUAGUGCUUCUGCUACAAGCAGCCAUGGAACCGAGAACAGAAACCCUUGUUCUCGUCGUCACAAGAUAACAAUCCAUCGACGGGUUCUAGCAGCUGAAACAUGUUCCCUGAGCAAACAAGAAGCUUUGAUAUGGUCAUGA